GCCAGUCUCGCCCGUUCAGAGUCGCAGGAAGGUCGUGUGGACCGGCCGUAGCAACGAGAAGCGGAAGGACAAGCCAGUGACAACAGCAGGGAGAAAGGAGAGAGAUUGUUAAAGGAUGUGCUGCAGGGUUGGCACAGUCUGCUUCUGCAUCGAUCUGCGCAAGGGCGUAGCAACGAUUGCCUGGAUCUGGCUGCUUGGGGACGCCAUCUUGCUGAUCGUGACGUCGAUCCUGACGAGACAAGCUUGGGAAGCAAUGAUACGCAACAGUUGGAGGAACGAAAUAGAAAGAGAGGAGAGAGAUAGGAAAGCCAUCAUCUUAGCAGCUUGGUUCUGGUUGGCGGCGGUGGGCAUUGCGCUGUCAGGCUUGGGUGUUCUCCUCGACUUCAUGCUGGUGAAAGGAGCCACUGACGUUAAGUCUCCGCCGCGGAAACGGCGCAACUUGCUUCAAGGCUGGAUGGCGGCGUACGGCGUGGUGUACGCACUCGGGGUGGUGACAGCCGUCUUGAGCGUCCCCGUCUUGUUCCUCCUCAGCCCUACCCCGCACCACGCCUUCGCCACGGCAGCCGGCAUCCUACUGCACGCAGGGCUGAUGGUGUACUUCUGGCUGAUGGUGCACAGCUACAGCCUGGAGCUGGACUGUGGAGUUCGCCCCGAGGCGGGUAACGGCUACUGCACGGUGCCCACGGGGGUCUCCACCCCUACCCAGGGAACCUACUGCGACGCGGAUGGCAUGGCUCUGACGCCAACGGCACCACCAUGCUACACCAGCGUCGCAUAGGGAUCACCGUGUCAGCCGUGUAAGGGGACCACGUCUCCAGGCAACGUCAGCUGGUCGCAGCCUUGAACGGACCUGACCGCUGAACUGUCACCGCGACAGUCGCUGGAGGCUCCGCCAGGACCGCUUGACGAUACAGUGUUGUCAUCAUCCAGGAAAAGACUGUCAAACAUAUCGCCUUAAAUGCAUCUUCACAGUAGGUGUAGUAGUAUCAUGAAAUGUCUUGAAGACGCUCUACACUUGUUUGAUCUUUUUCAAACGAGUGUUCUACAUCCAGAAAUGCACGUAGUAAGUAUGUAUCAAUCCCAUGUCGGUAUGAUAAGACACAAACAUCAAGGACCUUCACUAUAGUCAAAGCAUGGUUGAAAUUUAAUCAUGUCCGUCCCCCGGUAGCUGAGUGGUUAACCGGCACGGUAGCUCAGCGUGUUCGGUCAGAGGGUUUAGCUAGGAGUGCGACAGACUGUCAAUGCUAAGGGCCAGGGUUCGAUUCCCGGCUGGGUCGGAGAUUUUCUCCGCUCAGGGACUGGGUGUUGAGUUGUCAUCAUCAUCAUCAUUUCAUCCCCAUGGACGCGCAAGUCACGGAAGUGGAGUCAAAUCGAAAGACUUGCACCCGGCGAACGUUUUACUCGACGGGAGGCCCUAGUCACACGACAUUUUUUUAAUUUAAUCAUUGGAAGUUCGAUAAAUACCUUUGUCGGCUCAACGUAAACGCAACCCCUCCGUGUUGUUGCGCAGAGGCAGAAGAUCUAUAACAUAUAUUUCUACAAUGCCCUCGGAACACGUAUCACAUAAACAUCCUUGCAAGUAAUCUUCGGGCUCUUGGUCUAAUCUGAUGCUUUCGUACUUACAGCGCCAGGAGAAGACCAAACGUCAGUUAAGGGGAGGUUUACUAUCUUUAGCCCCCGAAAAAAGCAUAUUCUUUGAGAAUUUUUUCUCCUGAUGUGUUAUAGAUACCAAUGUCAAAUUUGGUCAAAAUGUUUACUGAUUUUCCUCUACAAAGUGGAAUUUUUUCGACCGGAAAUGUCGAAGAGCAAAGGGGGGAAGUGCCGACGGAACGAAACAAAGUUUCGAAGUAGACCUCCACGCGCGGAAUGUCACAGGUUAGCGAUUCGUCUGAAAUCAAAACUGGGUUGACGUUAGCGAAGUAUAUAAGAUUCUUUAGGAGUUGUACCUCAGGUAAGUUAUUUGGACCAUAAGAAACAAAAUGGCGGCCACUUAAAAAAAUAUGGUUUUUCAUCGAUUUUUCGAUUUCGUCGGCCAGGUAAAAAUAUUUAUAGUUGAUGGAUCGGAAUAAAAGUGGUACAACUCCUAGACCAUUUACUUAGCUUCAUUGGAAACAAAGACUCAUGCCAAUCGGUUCAGUAUAUUUAAAGUUACCAUAUCGCGGAGGGAAAAAAAACCGUCAUUUCGAGAAAAACGCGUUUCAAGUUUUGACUACAUGUAAAUGCAAUAUUAUGCAAAGUACGUUCAAUCUGCUAUUCCGGGUCCAUAAAAUAGUUCUUCCUCUUCCUCAUAGAGGGCGUUCUGCUCGAUCUGGACCAUGCUGCGCUGCUCCAGAGCCGCUCGUAAGACCGGUGACAAGCGGUUUUCGACCGUUUGAAUCCGGUGGUCGUCCCAAUGCUUGGCGAACUGCGUCGAAUAGAGACCCAGGCUGACGUCCGUCGUCGUCAUGGUCUUCAGAAUUGCUGAAUACCCUUCGCUGAAGCUGCUCACAGCCACGAAAGUCGCAGUCUCCACGGUUUCGCACCAGAGUGCAAAGACUUGGGAGCUAACUUCCAAACACACGCGUUCAAACUUUCAUUUGGAUUGUGUGUUUUGCCUCCAAAGCACAGGUACAAUAACUCGUCCUCCGAAAGAAAAAAAAAUCUGGUGAGUGAAAAAGGCCGAUUUCAGGCGGGUGCAGUUUUCUGUUCAACCGCGAAUAACAAACAUUUCUGUUCCUUAUUCGGAAAAACCGUUUCAGGGGUGGAUUCUAAACACCUUUAUCGAUUCAAAACUGCAAUUUAAAAGAAAUCGAUUUUUUGAACCAAACGAUAAUAAACCUCCUCUUAACUGACUAUUUUCUUAUGUGCUACUCAGCAAAAUUUGGCACGUCCUGCCUCUAAAUGUAUGUCACUACGUACCUCCUAUAUGUAAGUUCUGAAGAAAACUGGUCUAUCUACACAUCUGGCUAUAAUACAAAACUCUGGUUCUUGGAAACUGUUCUCCUUUUCUGUAUAGAUGGUAUUUACAGGCCUGCAAAAGUAUUCAAUUCUCUAUCCGCAGCUUUUGAAAUAAUUCUCACAAAACAUACAAAGAGCAUUUUACGGUCUCAAUGCGUACCAACGGAAAUUUAUCUUUUUUAUUAUGUUACCAGUAGGACUUGCAUAGUAUACCACCACUGUGUUUCCUACGGUCCAUUUUCGUGUUGUUUACUCGUUUUAGUAUUCUCUGAUAGUAAAUUUCGUUUUAUGUCGAAUCAGUCCUUUGUUAAUCCUGUGUAGCUUCGUACCAGGUUACGACUUGAACUAAGUUCUACCGUGAAUUGUCAAAACAAAUUUAAUUACAACAUUUCCUGUGAUGAGAUGACUGUAUGGACACGUUUCGAAAGGCAAUAAAUUUAAAAAAUCCCAUCUGGUAAGGCUUCCAAGCCGGCGAGGAAUAUUGAAGUACUCACUUUUCUUGUUGCCAUGCUACUAAAAAUGUUUUGUUCUAGGAGUAAUGUGUAUUAUCAGAGUCCGUGCCAAUGUAUCAGUUUUCCAGUAAAGAAGACGUUAUAUACAAUAGAUGUAAAUAUGAGAGUAUUUUAUUAAUAAAAAAGUGAUGGAAAUUUA